AUGACCUUGGAGACUCUGGCAAACUUGGGGCUCGUGUACCACAUUUUCCUCAUUGGGUUAGAGUUUGAAUUCAGACCAGUAGUACGUGCAGGGACAAAGGCUCUCAGCAUUGCCCUCGCCGGCGUGGUCUUUGCCAUCCCCGCCGGGUGGGCAUUGCAUACCUAUGUACUCUUCCGCGACUUUGAAACCGUGAAAGCCAAAAGCAAUAUGAAAAAUGUAGCGUACGGCCCCAUCUUCUGGGGCAUUGUCCUCUCCAGCACCAACUUCGCUGAUCUCACCCAAAUUCUUGCCGACUUCAAGCUUCUCCACUCGGAGGUGGGACGACUAGCCUUAUCCGGUGCCAUUAUCUCUGAUGUGGCGUCAUGGUUUCUUUUUCUUGUGGUAAUGGCCAUACUCGGUUAUGGUAAAUUGUACACGGUGUUGUUAACGUUAGGCUUCAUUGCAUUCAGUAUUUUUUUACUUCGGCCAGCUCUCGCCUGGGUAAUGCGCCACACCACUAAGGAAGACGGCUAUAGUGAUGUCCAAAUAUGCUUCAUUCUGUUUGGGAUUGUAUUGAGUGGAUUAAUAACCGAUGCCUGCGGGGGACACUCCAUCGUCGGACCUUUCAUGUUGGGAGCAAUUAUGCCCAGGGGGAUACACUUCAAGCAAAUGUUUGCAGAUCGUGUUGGAAAAUUUGUGGAAAGCCUGAUGAUGCCCCUCUUUUACUUGGUCAUUGGGGCGAGAUUCCAUUCUUUUUGGCUACUCGGUGAUCUAAAUAACAAUCUGCAAGCUGAAUCUACCGUGCCUCAGAUUGUUGGGGUGAUCAUCCUGGCUUUCACAGCCAAGAGUGUAGGCACUUUCAUCGCUGCUCUACUCAACAAAAUGACACCUCGAGAUAGUUUAGUUCUGGGAAUCCUUAUGAACACUAAAGGCUUAUUGGCACUCCUUAUACUCACCUCCGCUCGUGACCUAAAGGCUUUGGACACCCAAACAUAUGGAGUAAUGUUGGUUGCGGUCUGGGCAAUGACGGUUCCUGUUGGACCCUUCCUAGCCCUCAUUUGCAAGUCCACCAAGAGUUCUACACAAUAUAAACAGAGAAGCAUACAAAGUGUAGGAGUUGAAACAGAGCUUCGAAUCCUUGCAUGCACCCAUACUGCGAGCAACGCAUCAGGCAUCAUAAGCCUCAUUGACGCUUCCAAUCCAUCCAGUAAAUCCCCUAUUCAUGUCUUUGCUGUCAAACUGGUGGAACUUACUGACCAUAAUGCUGCUAUGCUCAUCGUGCAUGAUGCUUGCAACAAAACUGGAGCAGAUGGCAACAACGACUUGAGCUCCAAUGCAUUUGAGAACUAUGCAAGGCAAAGAGAGAAUGUCUCCGUUCAAUCACUCACCGCAGUGUCUGCCUACGCCACUAUGCACAAGGAUAUAUGCAACAUGGCUGACGAGAAGCACGUUAACUUCAUAAUCCUCCCGUUCCGUAUGCCAACUACUAUAGAUGGAGUCCCAGAUGAUCGUUAUGAUCCUCUUCUCACGGAAAUUAGUAAGAAGGUCAUGGAAAAUGCAAAGUGCUCUGUAGGUCUUUUGGUGGAUUGUGGGCUUGUCACAUUCCAUAACGCUUCUUUGGAGUCCCAAAACUUCGUCAUGUUUUUCAUUGGAGGGCCAGAUGAUCGAGAGGCACUAGCGUACGCAUGGAGGAUGGCUAGGCAUCCUAGGGUAAACUUAAAAGUUAUACGGUUCACCCUCAGUAAAGAGGCAUGGGAGGUGAGUUAUCAUCACGAUGGUGAUGAGGAAUACAAGACAAAUGAAAACAUUAGGCAGCACAAACAACUAGACGACGCAUGCAUAGAUGAGUUCAAACUUGAGUCCAUGAAUGAACCCUCCAUAGAUCUGUAUGAGAAGCUGGUGAAUAAUUUGGAAGACAUUAUCAAUAUAGUAAGCACCAUGGAAGGUCAAUAUCAGCUGUACAUAGUGGGAAGAGGUCAUGAUGGUUGCUCCCCAAUAACAGCACCGUUGUUCGAAUGCAACAAGACCAAUAAACUCGGAACUUGGGGGGAAACAUUGGCAUCUUCAAGCGUCAUGGGAAGUACAUCCCUUCUUAUAAUACAGCAGGGUGCCUCUGUGGAUGAACUAGAUGAGAAAAUGGGAUCUGACGGGAAACAUUUUGGGGAUACAACUCGGCAACCUCCCGUAAAAGACGCCGAAGAUUCCUUGCUUAGAACUUCAUCAGUAAAUUAG